CAUUAUCAGACUCUGUGGAUGUGAGGAAAGCAUCUGAAUAUCUCUGCGUGCUUUGAUUUGUAGUGAACAGAAUCCAGAGUGAGUCCAGCAGCCCCAGUGGACAUCUGCUGGACUUCAGGACCAGAGAGGAAUGGAGGAGGACAACCAGAACCAGGAGCAGAGGAGCAACGAGGUCCCCAGAAGACAAGCAGCAGACUGGGACUCUGAUAGCAGCCAUGUUCAGGAGCCCUCAGCAGACGUCAAGCUGGCGACCGGAGCAGGAAAGAAGGGCAAGAAGGCCGAGGAGGAGGAGGAGCAGCCUGCAGCACCUCCUGCAGCAGCAGCAGAGGAGGAGGAGGAAGAGGAGGAGUAUGAGGUGGAGCAGAUUUUGGACCACAGAGUGGUGAAGGGAAGAGUAGAGUUUCUGCUGAAAUGGAAGGGGUUCUCAGAUGAGGAUAACACAUGGGAGCCUCAAGACAACCUGGACGGCCCCGACCAUAUCGCAGAGUACAUGCAGAAACACAAGGAGAAGGAGGAGAAAAAGAAGGAGGGCAAGAAGAAAGUUGUGAGUGAGGCCUCGGGAGACUCAGAGGAGCGAGGGAGCAAGAGGAAGAAGGAGGAGAAACGGAGAGGAGGAGAGGGACCCAAACGUCACCACUGUCAGCACUGUGACAAAUCCUUCACAUCAUCUGGAUAUUUAAAGAUUCAUCAGAGAGUUCACACUGGAGAGAAUCUACACAGCUGUGAUCAAUGUGGGGCAGCUUUCACACUACAGAGUACCCUAAAAACACAUCAACGCAUUCACACUGGAGAGAAGCCGUACAGCUGUGAACAAUGUGGUAAAACUUUUUCUCAGAGUGGUCACACUAGAAAGCCACUCAGAUCGCGCAUUCACACUGGAGAGAAGCCGUACUGGUGUGAUCAAUGUGGGAAAACCUUUUCUCAGAGUGGUAGCCUAGAAAGCCACCGACGUGUUCACACUGGAGAGAAGCCGUACUGGUGUGAACAAUGUGGGAAAAUGUUUUCUCAGAGUAGUCACCUUAAAAGACACCAGCUCAUUCACACUGCCUCGUAGUGAAGAUGUUUGAGAGCCAAUCUGUUUCCUCCUGCCUCCUCCUCAUGCCCUGAUAGCUGUGUUGUUAUAUUCUGAUCUUCUCUCCACAUUGAAGGCUGACCA